AUGGCGGGGCCCUGCAGAGGCGGCCGGCCGAAUACAAUCGCCGAGUUCCGGCACGUCCGCAUCCGCCGCCUGAUGGACUGCAGAGUCUGCCUCCGCCGCCGCCGUCGCCGCCGCCACGCCGAGCCGCGCCGGCUGAAUAUCAGCUGCGGGGGCGGCUGGGCGGUGGGGGCGGCGGAGGCGCGCUAUCUGAAUGGCGGCGGACGCCGGAAGCCCCGCUCGCCGCGUUAUCUGCCGGGCGGGCGAAGAGAAAGGAGAAAUUCGCGAAAGCUGGGUGUUUCCAAGCGUUUUCAUCUGCCGCCGUGGGAGGUCACGUCCGAGUGCCAGAGGUUUGCGGGGGAGGGCCCGGCUGCAGGUGCGCCUCCAGGAUAUGACGAGCCGCCGCCACCAUCCGGCGCCGCGGGAUGCGAAAUCAGCUGCCAGCGCGCCGCCCCCAGCCACCCACCGCCGCCGCACAAAUGGAUUGAGUGGAGGGCGGCGCAAAUAUUGGUCCGGCGUAGCGGCGUCUACACAGACAGAGGGACACAGGGCGUCCGCUGUUUACUGUCGCCGGCUUUUGUCUCGGCCAGUGGACGCGGCGCCGGCCAUAUCCGCGUGGCGGCGCUGCCGUCGCCUCCUAAUGACCAGGCCUGCCACGACGUGGGCGCAGAGCACAACUUCAGUGGACAUUUCCUCGCGGCGGCGGCGGCGACGGCGGCGGCGGCGGCGGGGGCGCUGGCUGCCAUAACUCGCGGCGCCGCGCCGUUGGGUGACGCUGGCAAGCGUGGCUCGUUACCCCGCCCCCGGCUCUCCGCCCCCAGGGUCCCACCCCCGCCGUGGAAGCGCGCCAGGGCGCCGCGCUAUUGGAAAUCUGUAGGCACGGCCGGCUCCGCCAAACAGCAGCCAUCGAACGGCAGUGGCUCCUCCGCGGAGCUGGAGAUCCGCUGUGGAGAGGAAGAAAUAAAAGAAGUCGUGGGUGGUGGACGGUGGGCAGUGUCCUGCUUGCGCUCGCCGACUGCCCGGGAUAACAGAACGGCGGCCGUUCCUCGAACGGGAACUGCGAGGAAUUAUGUGCCGGCAGAAAGAGCACGCACAAAACGCACGCGAGCAGCAGCGCGAGCGAGCGUCGAAGCGGCUGCUGCAAUCGCAGUGCGCGGCGCGGCCAUAGAGGCGAGACGGCGCGAAACAAAAGGGGUGGCAGACAAUAAAGCUGGCAUCGGAGCGGCCACUGUUAAUGUUUCCUUCCGGAAGGCCGCGAGGGAGCACCCCGCGCGCAAGUUAUGGGCCACACCGCGCAGCGCCGGGGCGACGGCGGCGCAUGCAGAACCCGGACGUAGGACCCUGCCGCACUGCGACAGCUCUGCUGGCAGAGACGCCAUACGGAACCCUAACGCACCUGUCAUCUACCUGAGGGUGGCAGCACUGGCGGCAUACCGGCCGCCACGAGCUUCUGCCGGCAGGCCUGCCAACCUGGCGGGGCUGGCAGUGAAUCACAAGCCUGCUUAUGGGCGCUGCCGCACCAGGACGCAAGCAGAAUUUGCAAAUUUUUUUCCGUCCUACUCCACGUAG